GUGACUGUCAACGUCCCGGCUCGUUUUCCACGGAAAUUUGGCCACAUAUCCUUGACAGGAAUCAUCAACCAUUGAUUUUUGAUGGAACAUUGCAAGCUGCAACUGAUGCGACCGAGUCCCCACUCGUGUUCCGUUUUUUGUCGCCACAGUUCAUUACCCCCAAUCCAUUCAAAUUAAUCACCUACUUCCAAGAAAAAGAAUUAAGCUCAGUCCACUCCUUGAUAGUUGAUACAAAUCCUCCACACUACAACAAAGCAGCACAGGCGGCGGCGGCUGGAGGAGUGAGCGGAUCAACUCCAAUUGCACAUGGCUUCAACGCCGCCGCUGCAGCUCGCGCUGCUCCUCCUCGUCGUGGCCUUGCCGGCGGCCAUGUCCGCGUCGUGCGCCGGUGAGCACUUCCCAUCAGGGAGGACCUACGUGACGUGCGAGGACCUCCCGUCCCUCGGCGCCGCGCUGCACUGGACCUACGACGCGUCCGUGCCCUCGCUGUCGCUGGCGUUCGUGGCCGCGCCGGCGGCGCCCGGCGGGUGGGUGGCGUGGGGCAUCAACCCCAGCGGCGGCGGCAUGGUCGGCGCGCAGGCGCUACUGGUGCUCGCGGGCGACGCCGCCACCUCCGCGGCGUCGGCCGUCAGGACCUACAACAUCACCGGCUACGCGCCGCUCGGCAAGGCCUCGACGCCCAUCGCGUUCCAGGCCACCGGCCUCGCCGCCGACGUGGGCGUUGGCGGGAAGGUCCGGUUGUACGCCACGCUGCGGCUGGACACGGGGAUGAAGAAGGUGGUGAACCACGUGUGGCAGGUCGGGUCCUCCGUGACCAGAGGGGCGCCCGACAUACACGCCAUGGAUGCUGAAAACCUCGCCGCCAGGGGCAAGUUGGUCCUCUCCGACGGGGCCGCGGCGAGCCCUCCCGCGCUCGCCGGCGGCCCGUCCAGCUCCGGCGAGGGUAGCGGCGAUGGAUCGCCCCCGUUAAGCAGGACGAUCUCACGGGCGGCAGACACGGCCAGAGUCUCGGCGCCGGCACUCGUGCUACUCGCGUUGCUGGGUUUCUUGACGACGACGAUGGUAUUGGUAGCAUAGCUGCUCCUGUAAACUACGUACAUCAUUGCAUUUUUUGUGCCCUUUUGUUUAUUUCUUUUUUGUCAUGUUUCAGUUCUAGAUGCAUAGAUCACAAAACAAAUUCAACAGAAUCCGUAGUCACAUAAAUAGUAAGAGCUAAAAGAAACUGCACUACUCUGUUUUGGAAUUAGACUACUCUGUUUUCUACUCUGAUCUGGACUUAAAUCGAUGAUCAACAAUCAUUUACAGUAGUAGUUGUUAUUUUCCA